AUGGUUCAGGUACCGACGACCACCACAGGGUCGAGCUCGACCAUGCGAGCCUCGCCCGCCAGUGGCACGAACAGUAAUACGACUUCGACUCGUGGGAAGCCUGCUACGACCAGUAAUGCGAACAAUCCUGCGGCAGCACCGCUUCCUCUCAGCGCAAUGCACUCUCUGCCGCUCGAUAUGACCAGUGUCGAGAGGCGGGGACAGCCAACUGCGAGUCGGGAGACUAUCAAGAGAAUUCGACCACAUAAAUUGCAGGAGGCACCCACAUACAGACCUACCUUGGAAGAAUUCAAGGACCCCUUCGAGUAUAUGAAGAAGAUUGCGCCAGAGGCUUCGCAGUACGGUAUCUGCAAGAUCAUUCCCCCAGACUCGUGGAAGCCAGACUUCUCGAUUGACACAGAGAGGUUUCAUUUUCGGACGAGAAAGCAAGAGCUGAAUUCCGUUGAAGGCAGCACUCGCGCAAACCUUACAUAUCUUGACCAACUUGCCAAAUUCCACAAGCAAAAUGGUACGAACCUCAAUCGAUUCCCCAGCGUGGACAAGCGCCCCCUCGACCUGUACAAGCUCAAGAAGGCCGUCGAGACACGAGGAGGCUUCGAGAGAGUCUGUAAACACAAGAAAUGGGCAGAGAUUGGUCGAGACCUGGGAUAUAGUGGAAAGAUCAUGUCAUCAUUGUCAACAUCACUCAAGAACUCAUACCAGCGAUGGCUACACCCAUAUGAGGUAUAUCUAAGCUCGGCCAAGCCAGGCGUCCAUCAACAGCUGGAGUACGAAUAUGGUGGUCCACUCACUCCCUCGCCCGCAAACUCGCCCCUGAAGAAAUCGCAUCAACAUACACCAUCAAGCCUACGGGGAGAUUCUCCAGCUAUUCGAGCUUCAGAUGCGCUGAAUGCGUCCAUGAAGGAGGAGUUUCUCGACAGAGGCAUGAAGAAUAUUCCAAGACUGGACUCUCCAGCAGCCACACCGACACCAACGCUGGCACCGCAACCACAAUCGGCCACAUCAGGCUUCACGGCUGUAAAUGCUGGAGGCUUCACCCCAGUCAACACAGCUCCAGCGACUUUUACCCCUGUGGCUAAUAAUAGGCGCGAACGUGAGGAGAAUGGUUUUACUCCACCCAGACGACAAUUUGACACUCCGAUAGCCUCUGCUAAGAACACUCCAGAGUAUCGGCCUUCAGCUCUCGGUUCUGCACCAGUCGUCAAUGGCUUCACUUCCAACCCCAUGCUGAAGAGACAACUCUCUCAUGACAGCUUAGACUCGAGAGGAAAAGGUAGCCAGCCUGAAGACAACGAAAACGGUGGGCGACGCAGUAAGCGCCUCAAAAAAGAUGCCGUGCCGACUGUGGCUGGAUCCCACAUGACCUUAUUCCGACCGACGCAACCUCGAAUCCCAGGAGAGCACGGAUCGUUCGCGCCAGGCGAGAAAUGUGAACAGUGUGGGAAGGCCGCCGACGACUCUACCAUCAUGCUCAUUUGUGAAUCUUGCAACAAUGGAUACCAUAUGGCUUGCCUCGAUCCUCAGGUCACCCAGAAGCAGGACAAUAACGACUGGUAUUGCCCGAGAUGUCUUGUUGGGGAUGGACAGUUCGGUUUCGAAGAAGGUGGGAUCUACUCACUGAAGCAAUUCCAACAGAAGGCUGCAGAGUUCAAGGAGACCUACUUCCAAAACAAGAUGCCAUUUGAUCCUGUCUUCAACUGUCCACGUCCAGUCACAGAAGAUGAUAUUGAACGAGAAUUCUGGCGACUGGUUGCUAGCUUAGAGGAAACUAUCACCGUUGAGUACGGUGCUGACAUCCAUUCGACGACCCACGGCAGCGGCUUCCCCACCAUCGAAAAGAAUCCCCUCGAUCCAUACUCGAACGAUCCCUGGAACUUGAACAUCUUGCCUCUCCAUGCCGACUCGUUAUUCCGCCACAUCAAAUCCGAUAUUUCGGGCAUGACUGUUCCUUGGCUGUAUGUGGGCAUGAUUUUCUCCACAUUCUGUUGGCACAAUGAGGAUCAUUACGCCUACUCGGCUAAUUAUCAACACUUCGGCUCCACCAAGACAUGGUAUGGUAUCCCUGGAGAAGACGCAGAGAGAUUCGAGGCAGCCAUGCGUGAAGCAGUACCAGAGCUCUUCGAGACGCAGCCAGAUCUUCUCUUCCAACUGGUCACUCUUAUGACCCCUGAGCAAUUGAAGAAGGCCGGUGUCCGGGUCUAUGCUUUGGAUCAGAGAGCUGGUCAAUUCGUUAUUACUUUCCCUCAGGCAUACCAUGCAGGAUUUAAUCAUGGCUUCAACUUUAAUGAAGCUGUGAACUUUGCACCUAACGACUGGGAACCAUAUGGCGAUGCUGGUGUUGAGCGACUACAACAAUUCAGACGUCAACCCUGUUUUUCGCAUGAUGAGCUCCUCUGGACCGCUGCUGAAGGUGCUGCUACUGGUGGUGUCACAAUUGCUACAGCAAAGUGGCUUGCUCCUGCUCUUGAACGUCUUCGAGACCGCGAACUCGCGCAGAGAAGACAUUUCCUCGAUAAGCAUAAAGAGAAGCAUGCAGACCCUUGUGUUGCUACCGAUGACACCGAAGGUGAAAGCCCUCGUUGUCAGCUCGGGCUCGGAUUUGCCAUCGAUGAAGAAGACGUACCGGAAGAGGAGUAUCAAUGCACGUACUGCAAGGCUUAUGCAUAUAUCUCCAGAUUCAAGUGCGACACUAGUGGCAAGGUCAUGUGUUUGCUCCAUGCUGGUAAUUACGAAUGUUGCAGUAUGACGGAGGAUCAACGAUAUGCUGGUAAAAACCACACUCUUCACUGCCGGCGUACGGCAGAAGCACUUGAAGCGAUCCAUAUCAAGGUGAACGAGAAAGCUCAGCUACCCGAAGCAUGGGAGGAGAAAGUCAUGACGGCUAUGCAAGAGUCUGCGCAACCUUCCUUGAAAGUUUUGCGAGCCCUCGUCAAUGAAGGAGAGCGCAUUCCGUUCAACCUUAAAUCUUUACCCGAUCUGAAGCAGUUUGUUGAUAAAUGCAACGAAUGGGUCGAGGAAGCCACCAACUACAUUGUACGAAAGCAACAAAACCGUCGCAAGAACGAGAAAGCUUGGCGCAAAGGCAGUAAAGCCGCAGAAAUGGAGGAAAGAGAUCGCGAGUAUAGAAAAGUCGAAAACAUCAACAAGCUUAUUGAGCAGGCCGAGCGACUUGGCUUUGAUUGUCCUGAGAUCACUCAACUAAACGAGCGGGCCGCAGCUAUCAAGCAAUUCCGGGCAGACGUUUCAACUGUUCUCCAAAAUGUGGCUUUGCGCAAGACUACCGAGUUCGAGGAUUUGCUGGAGAAAGGACGAUCCUUCAACGUAGAUCUGCCCGAAGUUGAUAAGCUGGAUAAGAUGGUUCAGCAAAUGAAGUGGAACGACCGUGCUCGCGACAAUCGAGGCCAAUUUCUGACAUUGAAGGAGGUUGAUGAUCUUAUCGAAGAGGGUGAAAAGCUCGAGAUUCCCGAGUACAAUGAAUUUCUUGGCCAUUACAAGGAGCAAAGCUCUCAAGGUCGAAGCUGGGAGAUCAAGGCGACUGAAUUGAUUAGCGCUGAACUGAUUCACUAUCCUCAAUUGGAAGCUUUAUCCGCCCAAGCUCAAGCGGCCGCACUUCCGGUGUCCGCAGAGACGUUGGCUGCUGUCGACCAGAUCUUGGACAGACAAAGAGAUGCACACCGACGCAUCGUCUCGCUCUACGACCGCAGCAGGAACGAAGACUUCAAGAAGCGACCUAAGUACCAAGAAGUCCGUGACACUAUGGAUCAACUAGCGGAGUUGAACAGUAAGCCUAAUGGUACACUGGACCUCGAGAAGGAACAGAAGCGGCACGAGGAUUGGAUGCGAAAGGGCAAGAAACUCUUUGGCAAAGCGAAUGCUCCGCUGCAUAUUCUGAAAUCUCACAUGGAAUAUGUUUUCGAGAGAAAUGUUGACUGCUUUGAUAUCGAAUCCGACAAGCCGAGAAUGCCAGCAGAACCAGCUUCUCGAGAACCAAGUCCUUCUGAUGCGAAGCUUCAUAGCUGGGAGGAUCCGAGAUUCAGGGAAGUCUUCUGUAUUUGUCGUCGCAUUGAGGCUGGUAUGAUGAUCGAGUGCGAGCUUUGUCAUGAAUGGUAUCACGGCAAGUGCUUGAAGAUCGCACGAGGAAAGGUCAAGGACGACGAGAAAUACACUUGCCCUAUCUGUGACUGGCGUGUCAAGAUCCCCCGCGAUGCGGCUCGACCUAAGCUGGAGGACCUACAAGCUUGGCAGGACGAGAUCCCUGCAUUACCUUUCCAACCUGAUGAAGAGGAAGUACUUGCAAAGAUCAUCGACAAUGCACAAGACUUCAGAAGCCAUGUUGCACCGUUCUGCAAUCCUGUCAUGGCCACUGCCGAUGAGUGCGAAACCCAACGUUUCUAUCUUCGCAAGAUCGAGGGUGCCGAGAUUCUACUGUCUUACGAGACAAACUUCUUCCGACAAGAGCUUCACAAGUGGUCGCCAGUAGCACCAGAAGCCCCGCCCCUCCUCGAAGUCUCCAAGUCGACCAGAAAGCCUCGUCCAACAAAGCUACAGAAGCUGAUGGCACAACAUGGUGUUGAAGAUCCUGAGCAACUUCCUCAGAGUGUUCGUAUCAAGCCUCAUAUUGUCAACAAGCGCAAGUCAAGCGAGCCUUCGUCUUCACGACCACCGCCUCUUCAACCUGCUCCAGGACGAUCUGAUUCUGGCACCCCAACAUCGCACAGCUUUCCUAGCUCCGCGACUAUGCAUCCACAUGGUGGUCCAACUUUAUCUGGCCUACCAUCUGCACACGAUCAUGCGCAUCCAGCCCAUUUCGGCGGGUAUGCAGAUCCCCAUUUCUCCAUGGCUUCUUCAAGCGCGUCACCUGCCUUCGCCCCUCAUGCUUUCCUUCCCGGUGGUAUGCAGAGUCCAGGAUUUGGCUCACGACAGCCGGGCAUCUUCAACGAUGCAGCUUAUGGUAGUAUUGAUUCCGUUGCCCUUGGACCUGGAACUGAUAGUCCUAUGCGAGAGACUUUUGGCGAAUCUCCUCAAGAUUUGCACGGUGUUUCGAAGUUUAUGGAUCCUCCAGGACUCGCCAUGUCUCGUGCAGGCAACAAAUCAAAAGGCAAGGGACGUGCAGAAAAUAAUGAACCUGAAGGAAGUCCAUCAAGUACAGCAGGUGAUGUUGGUACACGAGGUCGAGCCGCUGACGAAGUCAGUCGGGAAGAAUGGCCGCUUCCAGAGACUCAUGAAGAAGAGCAAGGAGAACCGAAGUGGGGAGCAGAUGUCGAUAUGGAUUUGUUCCUCAAUGAACAACCAUAA